CGCGCCUUUUCAGCAUCAGUGUUACGGGGCUGUUAUAUAAAAAUAUAGCCGGAUUCCGAGGGGAGUUUGCAUAUCUAAGUCUAGCUGGGGAACCAUUCGCCCCAACCGGACGUUUCUUGGAACCAGCGGAUUCGAGUGAGUUCAUUGUAAUUGGGUUCAGGGAAGUUUGUUCAGGAAUUCAAAACCAAAAAUCGCUGGGGUUGACAUUUGGAAACGAAGAAAAGAUUGGGGGCCAAAGUGGGCGAGUAUAAAACCUUUGGGGUAAAAUUGGUGACAUGUAAAACAUUUUAGGGUGUGAAGUGAACCAUCGAAGGAAGUUCAGGGGAAAAACUAAUAAAACUCGUUUUCAAUCAGCUCACACGGGAACUCCCUCCCUCCUCUGCUCUUCUCUGCUCUGCUCUCUCCAAUGGCGGAAAGCCCAUCGGCGGCGGCAGAAGACGUAUCGUCCGCCAGGGCAGUCCUCCUCGGAGCUUUAGCUCCGGGGGUGAACGGUCCGACAUGGAGCACGCUGAAGGCGGCGUUUCUGAUGCUGGGUCUGAGCCUGGCGGUCAUGCUGGGCUUGGCGUUCUCCUCUAGCGACUCUUGGUUGACUCUCCACGUCUCCUUCCUCGUCCUCAUUGCUGUAACCCUCUUUCUGCUCCUUAGCUGGUAUCUUGGGGAAACUGGUUUUGUGUCGAUUGAGCACCAAAUGCGAGAAUUGGAUUUGGUGCCACAUGAUCAUAAAGAGACUCAAAAGAGCAAAUAAUAUCAUUACCAUGUGUCCAUGGGCGAAUGCAUUGUAAAAUUCGGGCAAGAUUGUAACCGAGAAAAACUGAAGUUUUUCUUUAGGAGAGAAGAACAUGUGAUCAUAACACAGAAGCAGGACGAGCAGAACAAGGAUUCCAGGAGAUUAGUUUCUGUAGCAAUCAUUCAAAAUCUUUUGUACGGUUGAGAUAUGUUAUUCAAAAUCAUGAAGUUUUUUUUUCCUCUCUA